GCCGCGUGCCCGUGGACUGCGCGAACGCGCGGACACGUCGCGCCCCCAGCCGCUCCAGGAGCCUCCACCUCCCUGUCCGUCGCGUCACGGGCUUCCCUGCGCCUCACGUGACACAGGCUCUGCUGCGCAGCCAUGAUGCAGGAAGAUUUGGACGAUGGCCCCGACUUCCUGUCAGAAGAGGACAGAGGAUCUAGACCAGUCAAUGUGGAUCUCCAAGCAGAUGGCACUCUUCAGGUUGACAUUUCUGACGCUCUUAGUGAAAGAGAUAAAGUUAAAUUUACAGUUCACACAAAGAGUACUCUACCUAAUUUCAAACAAGAUGAAUUUUCUGUAGUUCGUCAGCAUGAAGAAUUUGUCUGGCUUCAUGAUGCUUUUGUUGAAAAUGAAGAAUAUGCUGGCUACGUUAUCCCACCAGCACCUCCGAAGCCUGACUUUGAUGCUUCAAGGGAUAAACUGCAGAAACUUGGAGAAGGAGAAGGAUCAAUGACCAAGGAGGAAUUCACAAAGAUGAAACAAGAACUUGAAGCCGAGUACCUGGCUAUAUUCAAGAAAACUGUUGCCAUGCAUGAAGUAUUCUUGUGUCGUGUAGCUGCACAUCCAGUUCUACGAAAUGACUUAAACUUUCAUGUCUUCUUGGAAUAUAAUCAAGAUUUGAGUAUUCGAGGAAAAAAUAAAAAAGAGAAACUGGAAGAUUUCUUUAAGAAUGUGGUAAAAUCAGCUGAUGAAGUUCUUGUUGCAGGUGUUAAGGAUGUCGAUGAUUUCUUCGAGCAUGAGAAAACCUUUCUUCUAGAAUAUAAUAACAGAAUAAAGGACGCAGCUGUCAAAGCUGACAAAUUGACAAAGUCACACAAAAAUGUGGCAGAUGACAACAGUAGAAUUAGUUCAAUAUUGUACUCUUUAGGAACUCAAGACUCAACAGAUCUAUGCAAAUUUUUCCUGAAGGUAUCAGAAUUAUUCGAAAAAACAAGGAAAAUAGAAGCACGGGUGUCAGCAGAUGAAGACCUAAAGCUUUCUGAUCUUUUGAGGUAUUACUUAAGAGAAUCGCAAGCUGGUAAGGACCUCCUUUAUAGACGAGCAAGGUCUUUGGUGGAUUAUGAAAGUGCAAACAAGCUGUUGGAUAGAUCAAGAGCUAAAAACAAAGAUGUCCUUCAAGCUGAGACCAACCAACAGUUCUGCUGUCAAAAGUUUGAGAAGCUUUCGGAGUCAGCAAAACAAGAGCUUAUAGACUUCAAAACUCGAAGAGUUGCAGCAUUUCGGAAAAACCUUGUAGAAUUGGCAGAAUUGGAACUAAAACAUUCCAAGAGCCACUUACAACUGCUGCAGAGUUGUCUUGUAGCACUGAAAGGUGACAGUUAACUACAUUAUGGUUGUAUUAACAAGGGCUGUGUACGUCAACUCUACAAGGAAGAACACUUGGCAAGCUUUCUUGGCUUUAUAGAGAUUUCCUCCGAGGAGGUUCUUUAUAUGUCAAAAGUAAACGACAGUUUUGCUCUGAUGAGAAAAAUCUUGAAUCAAGAAACCCCAUACUGAGAUGCUACAUAACACAUCAUUUGUAUUUGAUUGUCCAGAAAUCAAAAUAUUCUCUUCAUUUGUCAAUACCUUCUAUAUUAUUGUAUAUUUGCCAGCUAUAUUCAUUUUUACAAUAUCAGAGGCCUAAUUUGGAUGUUUCUAAAAAUAAAAUGAAAUACCAUUACUUGUAUUCUGUAUAGUCACGUGCAUUGUUUGGCAUUUAGUGCUGCUCCAACAUCUUAAUAUGACAAUUAGUCUUUAAUUUUUUUAUAUUGAUAACAUUAAUCUUCAACUAAAAAUUAUGUUAGAACUGAAUUAUAAUUUCUAAAUCUAAUGUAUAUCUGCCUUAAACUUACAGAAUGAUUCCUAACCAUUGUGUAAUAAACUGGUAUGCGAGAGAAGUUUUGUUUAUCUCUUUUUUAUGAAUGCAAUGGAAGGGGGAUCAUUUUGCUUUCAGGAUUUCCAUCACUCCUAUUCCUCUACGUAGCUCCCUGUAACCUAUUCUCUCCUACAUGCCCAUCAUUUCUCCCUACUAACACCCACUUAUUCUAGGAAAUGUAUGUAAUUAAGAGUGUCCUCCAAAUUACUGGCAUUUCUUUGGAAGUGAAAGGAAACCAGAGAACCUAGGGACAGUUCACACAAUCAUGUACUAUGACAAGUACUGUGUAAUAACAGAACUGUCUGCUGUUCUGCAUUUCAAGGUUAUUUAUGCUGUUUGGGAAAUAGAUGUACCAGCACAGUAAAAGAAAAGGGAGAAAAAAACUUGCUGCACAGAUGUAAAACAGAGAAACUGUUGAAAAUCUGAAAAAAAGCAGAAUGCUGGAAAUACCCAGCAUAUCAGGCAGAGAGAGAGGGAAAAAAACUUGAUUUAAUGUUGUGGGUGAAUGAUCCUACAGCAGAACUGAUCAGUUCUAACAGGAAAAGCUUCCUUAUUCAGGAUUGUUGAAUUCUGUGUAGUCUUGGGCUGGAAAUUGUCUAGGUGGGAGGUGAUGCGCUUGUAUUGCAUUGGAUUUCAUUGGAAUAGUUUCGGAGGCCAGAGGCAAAUCAGAGCAAGAGGAGGAUAAAGAAGCUCAUGGUCCCUUUUGUGAACUUGAAGGGAAGUUUCUGCAAAACAGUGACCCAAUCACUGUUUUUGAUUGCUGAAUUUGAUUGUUUUUGCUGGAAAAACCACACUGAGGGAGAUGAUGCAGUUUAAUUGUAAAAGUGCAAAUUAAUUACUGGUUUCCUGGAAGGACUGGUAUGAAGAGAUAAAGUAAAAGGGCAGAUGUUGCAUCUUUUAUAGUUGCAAGGGGAAGUGUAAUCAAUAGUUGUUGAUGGAUUGAAGAAUGAACAAAGGAUUACAGAGGAAAUGGUCCCUCAGAAAUAUUGAAGGGGAGUGGAAGAUGCAUCUGGAGAUGGACUUUAUUGGUAAGCACACUAAUGGCUUCUUUUGCUUUCUACUAAUUCAGUGUUUAAAAGCACAUUCCUUCUUCAGGAUGCUUGAUUAGAAUGUAUUCUACACUAGCUGAAAGCAGAGGCUAUGAAUUACAUUUGACUAAAAUAUUUCAAAUGUUGUAAAUUCAAAUUUUUUUAUCCUUCCUUUUUUAUAUUUCCAGUAAGACCUAAUUCCUAAGCCAAGCCAGAUAUAGAAUCAUUACUUAGUCUGCUAAGUGCAGUUUGCUAAGCAAGGACUUCCAGCUACAGAUUUUGCUAAACUAGCUGUCACACAUAGAGAUUGAUUACAGUGAAGUAUUUGAGUAGUCCUGUGUCUCAUUGCAGUUAGUGUAUAAUAAAGCACUUUACGUUCCCUUUAAAGGGGUGAUGUAUUUUGAUUGGUUGAGGUACAAAAUGGCACUGAACAUUUGUCAACUAUAAAGUAUAAAAUAAGCACAAGCAUAUUUGCCUCCCUAUUUGGAAUUUCAAUUAGAAUGUUAUGCACUGUUUACAAUUAUAUUUGAGAGUAUAUUUUAAUGUAGCAAGAUAUUUAUAAUUAAAUUUAUCAAAUAAAUUAUUGUACACAUGGUUAUAUAACUCAAUGUACUUUCACUAAAUAUGGAAGGGCUAAAUUCAUAAUUUUCUUACUGAGAUGUUUUUCAGUUUCUAUGAUCAUGGCAAAACAUUUAUAUGUAUUUCUUUGCUAAAUGUACUUUAUAUUAACGAUAUUGACCCAAACAUGUUAAGAUUACCUAUUUCCCCAUAUACAGCUCCUUAUAGCCGAUAACCAAUAUGAAAAAUGUAAAAAUGCUGAACUUUGAUAAAGACCUGUUAAAACCUUUCCCUCUUAUUCGGACCCAAUUAGCUGAACGUAAGAAUUCAGUUCUAUAUCUUGUUUCCAAUUCCAGCUAUGAAGAAAGGCUUUGGAAUAGGGACUGCAUUAGGUUUUAACACACCUGAGGACAGCAAAUGGGGUAGUUGUACGUAAAGUAAACUGAACAAUUAAGCACAUUGACAGUCAAAUCUCAGCUUUAACCUGUCGCUAACAAACACAACAGUUGCUUUUUCUAAAUUGAUUACAUAAAUUGUUUUGCUGUUGUAAUCUUUUAAAUUCACUCUGAACACUUAAUAUCCUUCGGUACACCCUACAAUAUAUGACAAAGGAAAAAUAAUGCAGCAGUCAUUGUUUGGAUUAUUUUAAUUGUAUUUAUGCAUUGGUUAAAAUAUGAAUACAGUUCGUGUAAAAGUUCAUUUUUCAUACUUGCUACACUUAUUACAUAACUGCAAUGUAUUUAAGACCUUUAUUCUGCAUGCACUUCUGUCCUCCUUUAUUGCAGCUGUUGUGUAUUUUUCUCAAUGUUAAUCAAAAUACAUAAUGGACUUUGCAUGUUUAAACCUGUUUACUGUAAUUACAUACCUAUUACUU